AUGAGGGGUGGUCGAUGCCGUUUCGUAGUGGUCGUCGCAUCUAUACUGAUCGCGGUUGCGAGGUCUACGGAAGUGCCGUGCAAUGAGAUGAUUCCAGAUGGUUUGAAGAAGUCGAUCGAUUACGUGACGAACGCGAAUUACGAGGCGCUGCAAUUGCAGCUGGAGAAUGAGACUGAUGAGACGAAGAUCCGAAAUUCGAAAGACAAUUAUCUGACGGAAACGAAGAAGGCGAUAGAUUUACUGAACAGUCAGUACACGGAGGAUUGUCCUGAGUUGUCAGCAGCUGUGGAUGUGCAGACGCAAGAGGCACUGGAGCAGAUGGCGAAACGUAUCGGUGAGAAUCCGCCUGCUUCCAGGAGGUUCCUCUUCGACCUCAACUUAGGUGUCCGCGAUAGGGUCAACUCGUUCCUGAACUUCGGUCGUCAGCCGAACGUCGCCGAUUCUUUGAACGUUCCCAAUCUGAACGUGGUUCAAGACGUGCAGAUCAGACCACCGGCGCGGGUCAUCCAACAGCAGCCGCAGACCAUCAUACAGCAAGCUCCACCGCAGACCAUCAUACAGCAAGCUCCGCCGCCGACCAUCAUACAGCAGCAACCGCAGCAGGUGAUCAUCCAGCAACCGCCGCAGACGAUCGUGCAGGCCGCUCCGGCUCCGUACAUCGUGCAAGGACGAGCUCCGCCGAAGAUCGUCAGACCGUACGUCAACAAACUGCCCAGCAAUUUCCGUGGUUACGCAAGAGAUCUGAACGGAAGUCCGGUGAUCAUCGUCGAUCCGAAGUACCAGUGCGACGCGAACUACGUGACCAGUUACAGGGAGGCGAUGCGCGACUUCGUUUCCGACUCGGUGGACAACUUCGUCGACGAGUACGGCUACAGAUCGCGCGAUUCCUACGAGCAAUACAAAUUCAAGAAGAUCUUAGCCGAAGAGGUCCGUCGUUUCACCACUUCAACGCUGCAGAAGCUUAAACCUUGCCACGGCCUCUACAUCUCCAUCGAGGCCAUCUACAACGAAUUCGAUGAUAAACUCGACGACCUCAUCGAUAAUCUCUUAAACAAACUCUAA